AUCUUGUUCCAGAUACUCCCCUCAACAAAGCUAUUUCUGCAAAGCAUUUACACAUAUGUCUGACUGGAUAAACAGGCGUUUUACUAUUGUGUUACCAGGACAAACAAUUUCUAUAACAAAUGUUUUGAAAAAAGAAGAUCCGCCUCCGAACAGCUUCGACAAAGAACAAGAAAGUCACAGUCAUGGAUUUCUGCUUGGUUUUGGAUUUAAACAAUUUAUUCACAAUAGAGAAAAUGUGGAUAAUUACCUGAACUCGGCCAUAACAGCUUAUAAUGUAACCAGAGAUCUAAAUAUUGCAAAUAUUGAUGGUGUGAACGUAGCAAGCGUAUAUAUUGGGGAAAGUGAAAGUAGAUUUCCAGUCACUCGCGGCGUGGCCCUGUAUUCGGCAAAUUGUGCACAUAUAUCAACUUGGCAAUUAAAUCUAGAUACAGAAAAGAUACCAAUGAUAAAGAAAAUAUUUCAAAAAUAUGGAAUAGAUACAGUAUUUCGAAUAAGUCCUCUCCCCAAAGAAAACAGAAGAAAUUGUAGGACUGAAAAUAACAAAGCCAUAGGAGUGUUUCGAUACGACGAUUUAUCUCAGUCAUGUACACCUGUAGAGAAGGCACAGUUUCAGAUAUGCGAUUCUAGUCCAGGUUCGACCUCUCCAGUGUUUGACAGUGAAUUGUAUUGCCCUGUUUUCCACAAUCUAUCGAGAACAAGGUCCAUUUUGGAAAAGUCCACAGUUUGGAUGAAAGAGGCAGAAGAACUUCUUGAAAUUUGUGAUGCCACAGUUUCUUCAGACUUUAACCUUGAAGAACUGAAGAAGAAGAUGAAAUUUCCAUUUGUUGUUGUGGAGGGUUUAGAUGCCACUGGGAAGACAACAUUGACUGAGACCUUGGAGAAGAAAAUGUCUGCCUGUAGAUACUUCACACCUCCUCCCGCUAUACAGCAUCUGAGGGAACAUUUUGAUAACCUCCCAGAAAUUGUCAGAAGGGCCUACUAUACCAUUGGCAACUAUAUUGUUUCCAUAGCAAUACUAAAAACAUGUCAGGAAAGACCUGUUAUUAUGGACAGAUAUUGGCACAGCACUGCAGCAUAUGGUAUAGCAAAUGAAACUAGCAAUGAGGACAUACCACAGGAGGGCCACUGGGUGUAUAAGUGGCCCCAUGACCUUUUAACCCCUGACAUUGUCCUGUUUCUGACAGUCAGUGAAGAGAUCCGAAAGCAGAGGAUGAUGGGAAGAGGAGGGGAGAAAACCAUGGAAGAAAAACAUUUGGAUAAAGAUAGACUUUUCAGAGAGAGAUUGUAUCUAGCAUACAAAAGGAUGGAGAACCCUAGCUGUAUAGAAAUAGAUGCCAGUGGUUCUGUAGAGACCGUGAUGGAAGCAGCAGAGAGGGAGCUAGCAAAGCAAGGAGUUCAUCUAGAGCAGACUGUAGCUAAUUGAUACAAAAGAGGUCAACUGAAAGCAAAACACAUAUUAUGUUUUGUGAUCAGAAAAAAAAAUUGAUUUUAGAAGAAGGGUAAACAUGGUAUACUAUAGUCACACAUUUUUUUUGAUGUCCCCGACAUGAAAUGGCUGAAACAUAUAAGUGUUACCCUUUCGUGUCCAUCAUGCUGUCAUUUGUCAUUCUGUAAUUUGGUCAUAAUGAGUUUUUUUCUGAUUAAUUUUUGCAAUGUUUCUUGAUAAUUAGCUGUGUUUUUGGUAUGCCUCUUACAGGCUUGGGAUGUGCUAAAUGUAAUGGUAGUGCAUUGCAAUGCAUUACUGUAAAUUAAUGCUGUUAUACAUAUGUAAUGCUAAAAAAAUGCAUUAUAUGUAAUGAUUAAAAAUGUAAUGCAUUACUUUCCCAAAUAUAGUGUAAUGCUGGCAUUACAUUACAUAACAAUGCAUUAAUUAAAAGCAUGGUUGCCAUGGUUACUGAAUAAUUUCUGUGCAAUUCUUUCAAACUGCAACUCCUCCUGCAGUUUUUGUCCAAUUUCAAUAAGACUUGGCACACAUGUACACUUUAAGAUACAUGUACACAGUUCUAAUUUAUCAGAUUUCGAUUACAAUGAACCGUGUUAUCAUGGUUUCUAAAGUAGAAAUUUCUGUGAAUUUGUUUUUAAACACUUCUCUUAGUACAGUUUUGAGUCCAAUUUCAAUAAGACUUUGUACACUAGUAGACUGAACUAAAAUACACAUUAAGGUACACACCAAUAGAGGUACAGUCUCUUAAGAGACUUCUGGUCGGUAUGUCUCUUGAUAUUGAUGAUCAUGAUAUACAGAUCAAGUUUUUUUUUUUGGUUGAUUUUGAGUUAUUGCUCUUAGAUUUUAAAAUUUUCAUACAUUUUUGCUGUGUUUUUAAAUAAUGAACUGAUCCUUGGUUUGUCUCUCUAUAUUAUUGACUUACAGAUCAAAUCAUUUUGAUUUAUCACAGCAGUAUAGACAACUGAUUCUAGGAAACUAGAAUAGCAUUAUGAUAUUUUAUUUUUGAGUCAUUUCCAUCCAUUGCUAUUUUCCUACCUGUACAAAUUUGAAACUUGCAUGUCGUACUGACGCAUCUUGUUUCUUCAAUGAAAGUCUCUGGAAUUUUUGCUCAAGUUAUGUAACUGAUAAUAUAAUUGUAGUUCUUUUGUUUUUGUAUUAAACUGAAAUCCAUAUUUAUGGCUAAUUCAUACUGAUUCCUUAUUAUAAGAGAACUAUGUU